UCCGCAGCUUUCUGACCCAGUGUCAGAGCUCUCAGAUAAGUUACCGCUUCAGGAUGGCAUUCCCAGGCAGGGUACACCCCUUUGUCAUCCCAGAAAAUGAAGAAAUCCCACAGACGGUAAUUAAUGAUGUCCACGAUGCUGAUGGGAAUGAAGGCGAGAAGGCUGUGUCCAAACUGCAACGUAGGCAAAGUGACAUAAAAGUCUACAAGGAAUUCUGUGACUUUUAUGCAAGAUUCAAUAUGGCCAAUGCCUUGGCUAACGCCCUGUGUGAACGCUGUAAAGGAGGCUUUGCCCCCGCCGAGAAGAUCGUGAACAGCAACGGUGAGCUGUACCACGAGCAGUGCUUUGUCUGCGCCCAGUGCUUCCAACAGUUCCCUGAAGGCCUCUUCUAUGAGUUUGAAGGAAGGAAGUACUGUGAACAUGAUUUUCAGAUGCUUUUUGCCCCAUGCUGUCACCAGUGUGGUGAAUUUAUCAUUGGUCGAGUUAUUAAAGCCAUGAACAACAGCUGGCACCCCGAAUGCUUCUGCUGUGAUCUCUGCCAACAAGUUCUGGCAGACAUUGGGUUUGUCAAGAAUGCUGGGAGACAUCUUUGUCGUCCUUGUCAUAAUCGUGAGAAAGCCCGGGGCCUUGGGAAGUAUAUUUGCCAAAAGUGUCAUGCCAUCAUUGAUGAGCAGCCUCUUAUAUUCAAGAAUGACCCUUACCAUCCAGACCAUUUCAACUGUGCCAACUGCGGGAAAGAAUUGACUGCUGAUGCUCGUGAAUUGAAAGGAGAACUAUAUUGCUUGCCAUGUCAUGACAAAAUGGGGGUCCCCAUUUGUGGAGCCUGUAGACGGCCUAUUGAAGGACGUGUUGUUAAUGCUAUGGGCAAGCAGUGGCAUGUGGAGCAUUUUGUCUGUGCCAAGUGUGAGAAGCCAUUUCUUGGGCAUCGUCAUUAUGAAAGGAAGGGCCUGGCCUAUUGUGAAACUCACUACAAUCAGCUAUUUGGUGAUGUUUGUUUCCACUGUAAUCGUGUCAUCGAAGGGGAUGUCGUUUCAGCCCUGAAUAAGGCCUGGUGUGUGAACUGUUUUGCCUGUUCUACCUGCAACACUAAGUUAACACUCAAGAAUAAAUUUGUGGAGUUUGAUAUGAAGCCUGUCUGUAAGAAAUGCUACGAGAAGUUUCCAUUAGAACUGAAGAAAAGACUUAAGAAAUUGGCUGAAACCUUGGGGAGGAAAUAACUUUUUAAAAAAAAAAUUUCCUUCAUAUGCAAAGAUUAGGAAAUGUUACACAUAUUACUUGAUUUCAUUCACCUUCCUAGAGGGUUUUAUCCCAUAAAAGUUUGGAUUUAAAAGCUUCUGGAACACAAAUAACUUCACAAUGUUGUUAUACCGCCCUUCUUUUCCUUGAAAAACUAACUUUUGUAUGGACGUACUUAGAACACAGUUGAAAUUUCUCUAUUUGCCCUCUCAAUAAAAACUCAUUUGUAGAUAUAUUGACUAUACUUGCAUAGCAAGAUUCAUAUGAUUAAAUUUAAAUUAAUUCAGACCAAAAAAAAACCUAACUUAUUUUUGUGAAAGUCUUAGCUUUUGGAUGAUUCAGCUACCAAAUUAAGGAAGAAUUUUGAAUCAGAGUCAAAAGAAAAUUACUGCCAUUUGAGCAAAAAUUAACAAGUAAAUCUUAAAUAUUUUUUUGUGCAUUAGAUUAAAGAGCUUGAUUUUCAGGGUUACUAAGACAGGAAACAAGUUUUCAAAACUACUUGAAUUUUGCUGUUUUUCUGUUAAAUGCAAUAAUUAUCCUGCAUGGCUUUAUAUAUACUCAUUCUUUAUGAACCUUAUUCUUUCAUUCAGAUACAUAACAUAGUAGUUAUGAUAACUAGCAAAUAUGUAUGCAUUUAAAAUUUUUGUGUGUGCAGAGAAUUUAUACCAGGUAUUUCAAAAUACAUUAUACUUUAACUAUAUUGGACAUAUGAAGUAUUUUUUUUAAUCUAUUAAAACAAUUAUUCUUAUCAUGCUUCUAGGCUUAAUGUCAAAGCUAUAGUCUUAGAAUAGGACAUAAAACUCAAUUUGAUGUCAUCUUGGAAUGUUGACACUUAAAAAACAGUGAAUGUAUGUAUCUGUAUUGGUCAGACUUCUUUUAAUAUUCUCUCUAAAAGCUAUGCUUUAUAUACAAUCAAACCCAGUUUGCCUUAGAAAAGUGCAUCUUUAAUCACAAGUUCUUGCUGCUUGGUACAAUACCAAAUAAAAAAUUAGUCUAGUAAACCCAAAUUCCUUUACCAUAGCCUUAAAUCUGGUAGGGUUUUUUAAAAUAUAUUUUACCAACUAAAGCUCGUGGAAUUUACUAUUUGUUGUCUUUCCGAAAGUGAGAGACGGAUAUGCUUCAGAAUUUCUCUUUCAGUUUCAUUAUCCAGUUAGAUUCUUUUUUCUUUUCUUCUCCUUUUUUUUUUUUUAGACAGGAAAUAGAAGUGACCUUAGAUUGGUCAAAAGAAGCAUUUUUGAAAAGGGUAAUUUUUGCCCCAAAACCAACAUAACAUAAAAGAUUUCCCAACAUAACUUUCCAUAUGGAUUUGUUACAAAAUCAAAAUGCAAUUCUAGAAAAAAAAAUUAAAUACUGCUAUUUCUGUCAUCAGGAUCAGUCCAAGAUAAAGUGCUCAAAAUGAAUUCUAGGGGAAAAAUCUUGUUUGCCAAAAUGCCUUUAGAAUUUUUUAAAAUGAUUUUUCCAUCUCUUGAAUCAACUGACUGGGAACGGCUAGGCAAAUUUUACCAAGGUAAAUCCUGGUUAUGAUUUCAAACUUGCUGUAGCAAAUUACAUGGUUGUUAUUGUUUUUAGUGUUUUAGCAUUAUAGUAGCCCAAGGAAGUCAGCCUCAUGUAAAACAGAGAAUCAAUAUGUAGUUUAAAAUUAAACAUAUUCAUUCAACCAGUAUGUAUUGGGUUCCUGUUUUUUUCAAGUUGUUGGGUCUACAGAUUCAAAAAAUAAUUUUUUGCAAUCCAAUCUUAGAUUACUGCUCCUCAAAACUGUGCCUUUAUCAUCUCAGAUAUGACCAGCAACAUGAGACCUAGGAAAUACUUUUUCAGUACCAGUCACUAAGUUGGACAGAAUGAUCAAAACUAUUCUGCAUGUUAAGAAGAGCAACUCAAAUCUUCAGAAGUCUUUGGCAAAGGAGAGACACAGAAGGAAAAAACCAUCAUAGAUUGUAUGGGCCUAAUCAGGACAUGCUUAACACAAAAGUAGGCCACAGUAGAUGUUUACCUACUAGUAUAUCCCUAAUAACUGAAAUUUUAUUGUUAACAACUCAUUUCUUUGUGCUAAGCAUUGAUGUCCUGACCAGUCCUCAUGUAAAAUGCAGAUUACUCAAGAGGGCUAAUAUCCCUUAACUCUGUAAUCUAUAUUUUCUCAUCACAUGCUAGAUCCUUCAUGGAGGAAAGUCUUAAAUCCACUGGCAGUGUGAAGAGAAGAGACUUAGAGAAGGGAGAAAGUUCUUAGGGAGGGGAAUACCAAAGACAAGCUGCCUACUUUUUGUCCACAGGACUUGUUCUAACCACAAGGAUUCUUGUCAGGUUGGUAAGGCGCUAGCUAAGGUUCACGAUUUGUAGGACAUCACAGUAGUCUGUUCUACAUCUUUGUCUUAAUGUCUAAAGUCCUCCGUUUGAGAAAUUAAGUGUUUUGAAAUAAACCACAGCCCUUACUUACACUUGAGUUAGGUGCAAUUUCUCUUAGAAAUAAGCCAAAUAUGUAGGAGGAAACAUGUUAAGGUACAAAGAAAAUUGACAACACUAUAUUUGAAAUAAGACAUUAUGUUGCCUUACCUAUUUGCUAAAAUAGCCCUUUUCAAGUGAAAGAAAUUGUAAAACAGGCUAAUAAUAUACCUAAAUAUGUGACUUCUUUUAGAUUGUAAGCCUGAUGGCAGGGACACUAAAUUAAUAUUUUAAUGUUUUAUCUAGCAGUAUACCCUUGGUGCUUAAUAAAUGUUUAUAAUAAUUAACAAUG